GUCUCCACACUCUGCUUUAGAGGGAAAGACUCAAUAUACUUCCCACCUAAGCAUAACGGCACACACAUCAUACUACCGACCUAAGUGACAACUUAUAAUUUAUUAAUAAGGGCAAACUUGGAUUGAUAUUAGCAAGCAUAUAUCGAUCGUGCAUGAUUCCAAAAAGUGUUGACUUUGGCUGUUUGGCAUAUAAAGAAAGUGAACACGUUUUUUAGAGCUGAAAUUCCAUUCAAAAUAACAAGGAAACCAGGAAACGCGUGAAGAUAAGAGUUUCAUUAUCAUUUUUUGUUUGUUUAUAAUCGAAGAAGAAAUACUGUAUUUCAUAGUGGUCACUAGUGAUCAAGGAAGGGUAUUUGAGAGAUUCGAGAAUCAUAUGGCGUUGGGAGCUUCUUCUUCUGGAAAUUUUUCGAAGAAAUAUGAUGUAUUCCUCAGCUUUAGAGGUGAAGAUACCCGUACGAAAUUCACAAGCCAUCUUUAUACUGGUUUAGAACGAAAGAAAAUCAAGACUUACAUCGACGAGAAAAGUCUUGAGAGAGGGCAUGAAAUAUCACCUGCGCUUCUUGACGCAAUCGAAAACUCUAAGAUUUCAUUAAUCGUUUUCUCGGAGAACUAUGCUUCUUCUUCGUGGUGCCUGAGUGAACUUGUGCAUAUUCUAAAAUGUCAAAGCGAAAUCAAUCAGAUUGUUGUGCCUAUUUUUUACGACGUAGAUCCAUUACAUAUUCGAAAUCAGGAUGGAAGCUAUGGAGAUGCAUUUGUGAACCAUGAACAACGAUUCGCAGACAAACUGGAUAUGGUGGCAAAAUGGAGACAUGCUCUGACAACGGCAGCUAAUCUACAAGGCUGGAAUUCCCAACACAUCAGCCCGGAGCCAAAAUUGAUAGACGAAAUUGUUAAAGAUGUCUUAAAGAAACUGGGACGUGUAUCCUCAAACAACACUUUCAAGAGUUUAGUUGGAAUUGAAAAACACAUUGAAGAAAUCAAGUUGUUGAUGAGUCAUAAUUACUCGUCAAAUAUUGGUGUAGUUGGCAUUUGGGGAAUUGGCGGCAUAGGAAAAACAACUCUUGCUGAUGCAGUGUUCAGUCUUUACUUCCACCAAUUCGAACGUUGUUACUUUCUCAAAAAUGUUAGGGAAGCAUCUGAAAAGUAUGGAUUAGAGAAAUUAAGAGAAGAGCUUAUUACAAAACUAUUAAAAGAAGAAGAAAGCUUAGAUUUGGGAGCACCAUCUAUACCAGACUAUAUUAGAGACAGACUUCGUUCUACAAAGGUACUGAUUGUUCUUGAUGAUGUAAGUAACUCAAAGCAGUUCGAGUACUUAAUUGGUGAUCGUUUUAGUGAGGAUGAGCGAUUUGACAUUGGGAGUCGAAUCAUAGUAACAACUAGAGAUAAAAAUGUGCUAAAAACUAUUGAAGCUGAUGAAACUUAUGAAGUUAAGCAGCUAGAUGAGGAUGAAGCUCUCAGGCUUUUUAAUUUGACAGCAUUCAAAGGGAAUUCUCCGAGGGAUGAUGAUUAUGUAGAGCUGUCGAAAAAGGCAGUGAGAUAUGCUGGACACAAUCCGUUGAUUAUCAAAAUUUUGGGCUCUCACCUUCGUUACCUUCGGUCUCCAACCAAAGAAAACUGGCAAAUGCAAUUGGAGAAGUUCCAACAAGUUCCUCUUGAGGAUAUUCAAGAUGUCUUAAGAACAAACUACGAUGGGCUGGAUAGGAAAGAGCAAGAUAUUUUUCUUGAUUUCGCACGCUUUUUCAAUGCCAAGUACAGAGAUUUUUGACAACAUCUUUCAACCAGUAAAACCUCCUCUUCCCAGUCUCAUUAACAGAUUGAGAAUCAUGAUUGAUAGUGUCCUGGAAAACAGGAAAGAAGAUGAGACACAUCAGCUCGGUGGACAGCUGACUGAAGAAAAAGUGAUACCACUGGUUUCCAGACCGAACCAAAGAACACUGCUUUUGGUUCCAUUUCUUUGACUGUAAUCUACCAUCAAAAGGCUUAGACAUGGCCAGAAAAUAAUUACUUGGUCAUUGCAGUUUCAGAUAAUUGCUCCAUCUCCCUCACAACAUUUAACUUGAAUUGCAUUUGUGGUUGCAGGAAGGGGAGGUAAGGACAAUUCAAGUUAGUUGUUUGUUGUCCUUUGUUCCUUGGACCAUACAGAAUUGAGACAGGAGAUUCAUACCGUAGCAACAAGAUCAAUAAGUUUAGGAGCCCAUUUUGUUGGUCUAUCAUUAAACUGGAUACUCCACGAUUCUAAAUCCGAUUCCAAUUUGGUUAAGGGUGUAAUUGAGACAGCUGCGCGAGUAAUAUAGACACGGUGUUGGUGUAAUCCGAUUCCCUGUUUGCUGUUCGGGAAGCUGGCAUAAACUCCAAGUCUUGUUUAUUUCAAACUAUUGGCUCUUUGUUCCAAGUAAAAUGACCAACACACUCCGUUGCUAAUAUUACAGUAUAAAAUAGUCAAUGAGACACACGGACACUAUAAUUGCAAA